AACUGGGUGCCUUCAAUUUCCCUCAUCAGACCAGCUUUCAUGGGAUACAUAGUAAAGGGUGCAGGUGCAACUAAAGAAAUUUGAGACAUUUGUUCAUCAUUCAGAUCAGGGAACCAUUUUUUCACUUUGUUUAAGAUAUGGGCUUGAGUUUUUCAUGAAAAAAAAUAAGACUCAAAUUUAGGAUUAUGGAUCUCUUUAGGACCAGGCCAUUUUUGGUUCGGAUGUGGGCUUGUAUCCAAUUAGAUGAAUAAACAAAUAUACUCAAGAAACUAGGCUGUAAGAGAAGAGGACAACAAAGAGGAGAGAGGAGAAAUGGCCUUGCAAUAGAAACCUAAGAUGUAGGAAGAUUUAUUUUUUAGUGGGUGUCUUUUCCAUUAGGUUAUCUACCCAGCACGGAUCUGGGUAUCCAUCUCUCACCUCAUCUGCAUAAAGAGGAGAGAGAUCCAGAGUUACAAUCAAUUGAAAAAUAUUGCUGUUAGGAUGGGUAGAGCACCAUGCUGUGACAAAGCCACUGUGAAGAAAGGACCAUGGUCUCCUGAAGAAGACUCUAAACUCAAGGACUACAUAGAGCAGCAUGGCACUGGAGGCAAUUGGAUUGCUCUCCCCAAGAAAGUUGGCUUGAAAAGGUGUGGAAAGAGCUGCAGACUAAGAUGGCUGAAUUACUUGAGGCCUAAUAUUAAACAUGGGGAGUUCUCAGAAGAAGAAGACAGAAUCAUCUGUACUCUCUAUAUCAAUAUUGGAAGCAGGUGGUCUAUCAUUGCAGCCCAGUUGCCAGGUAGAACUGACAAUGAUAUAAAGAACUACUGGAACACAAAACUGAAGAAGAAAUUGUUUGGAAAACGCAAGGAUCAACACAACCGUCGUCUUGCAGCAGCUUCAUCAAGGCCAAUUGAAGUUAGUGACCUAAAAAGGUAUGUUCCAAAAGAGUUCAACACAAGCAGAAAUGUAUAUGGGCCACAAUCUACAGUAGUAGUAGUAGACCAGCACAUGGAUAUGAAUAUGAAAAGCCCUUGUCCUAAUUUGGGUUCUCAAAUAAUCCCCAACUUUUUUGAACAAACCAUUUCUGCUGAUAUGCCCACCAAUGCUGACGUCAGCCCUAGCACACAAUCGCCUAUAUCUCAUCUAAAUCUUCAGCAUGGCUUUGUUGAGCAAAUCUCUGUGCCCGAUCGUAUCCCUUGUUUCACAAAGCUGAUGGAGAGUUUUGAGGCUACUCUUAACAUAAACAUGAUGGGAAUCUCUCACAUGGAGCAUUCCAACUUCAAUUUUAGUAGUAAUAAUUACACCUCCUCCCAAAUACCAUUUUCUGCAAUGGAAAUAGCAGACCAAGAUUCAUAUCAGGCAGGAACUUCCCCUCAAGUUGAUUAUAAAACAAGUACUGAAAUUUAUGUAAAGCCAGAAAGCCCAAGAGUAUUGGGUGCACUGCUAUCUGAGAAUGAUAAUUCAGUAAUGUUCCCUCCAACGUCUUCUAUUAGUUGUGGUAGUUAUGCUAAUGGAAGCUUCCAAACAGCAUGGAUUAGUGCUUUUAUUGGUGAGAAUAGUAGCAACAUGAACAUGGAGGCAAGUGAAUUGUCAAUAGAUUGGAAUGAUUUACUAAACCUUAGAGCUGAGUAGUGCUAGAGCAGAGAAAAAGCAAUUAUGGGUGGGGACAAUCAUUUUGUAAGUCAUUACCUACCAGUUGAAGCUCUCCAAUUAUUUAUUGUUUAUUUUUCUAUUUUCAGAAAAGAUUAGAAAAAGGAAAAACAACCAUGUUUGUACAAUGAGAGGUCUCUUGCUCAUCACAUAAGAGAAUGAACAUUUUGGGCAUUAAUACGAAAAUCAGCUCCAACGUUCUCUUGUGUAUUCAAAGCAAAAUAUUGGAGAAAUUUGGA